CAUCGUUCCACGCUUUGUCACAGAAAUCCCGACCGCCUCUCCAUCCCCGUGGAAAAUUCUUCCGCACUGGGCGGGAUGACUAAUCUUCGCGGGCCAAUUGGGUUUGUUCCGAUUGUUCUGCGAUGGCGGCGGGGAGCGACAGCCGGGUACCCGUAUCGUGGGUGGUCGAGUAGGGAUAUAAAAUGGGGGGAAUCCGCGACAUAUUUUGCUGACAGCAUGAUAUUGCUGGUAUUUGAUUUCCUCUUUUCAUAAAAAACCUUUACCCCACACCACUUCACGAUAUACUGCAGCAAGCAGAGAUGCAGUCCAUAGAUCCAAAAUCCCUCUCAACCCUCCAAGCCCGCGUCGCCUACUUGAAAUCCUUCAUAGGCUUCACCCAAGCCGAUGCCGCGGCCCUCCACGGUGCGAGACCCGUCGUGGAAGCGCUCAUCCCCACAAUCGUCGAUGCGGUCUACAAGAAACUCCUGAGCUUCGACAUCACCGCGAAAGCAUUCGUGCCCAGACAGACCGGCUACGAUGGCGUCGCGCCGACAAAGGUGGAGGAAUUGAAUCUGGAGCACCCGAUGGUCAAGUUCCGGAUGGGCUUUCUGAAGGGAUAUUUGAAGAAGUUGGUUGUGGUCGAUUACGACGAUUUGGGGACUUGGGAGUACUUUGAUAAAGUCGGGAUUAUGCACACUGGUGUUGCGGGGUUCGCUCACAGGGCAAAGAAACCCGGCCUCCGCGUCGAGUACAUCCACAUGGGGCUUCUCCUCGGCUACGUCGUCGACCUGGUGAUUGCGGCGGUCCUGGCUCGCCCGGACCUGGAUAACGAGACGAGGAGCGCCGUUUUGACGGCGUUGAAUAAAGUGAUUUGGAUACAGAAUGACCUGUUUGCGAGACAUUACGUUGUGGAUCUGGAUACCCCUAAUUCAAUCGCUUUUCCGAAGAACGGGCUGUUGCAUGGGUGGGUGGGGCAGAUUGUGGUCGGAGUCGUGAUCACGGUUGUGUUUAUUAAAUUGUAAGAUUUCCUAUAGUAUUUCCCUUA